AGGCUUUGGGAGAGACGGAGUCCUCAGAUAGAACAAGCUCUAGAAAAGGAGAGAGAAAGAGAUAGGCACAGUGAAAGCAAUCGGAGAAGAAGCUCCACGGUGGCGUUGAUCGGACGGUCCAGAUCCCCUGGCUUCUGGAUCUGACGACGACACAGCACCAUGGCUUCCAAAGGUCCAAGGCCGAAGCUCGAUCACGAACCCAGACCCAAGCGCCACAAGGCCCUUGAAGUUGCGAACGAACCUCGACGGCCAAAAGCUCAUUGGGACCAUGUUUUAGAAGAGAUGAUCUGGCUGUCAAAGGACUUUGAGUCGGAGAGAAAAUGGAAAUUGGCUCAGGCAAAGAAGGUUGCUUUACGAGCCAGCAAGGGCAUGCUAGAUCAGGCUACAAGGGGAGAAAAGAAAAUGAAGGAAGAAGAGCAACGGAUGAAAAAAGUUGCACUUAAUAUUUCAAAGGAUGUGAAGAAAUUCUGGCUGAAAAUAGAAAAACUGGUGCUUUACAAACAUCAGAUGGAGCUUGAUGAGAAAAAGAAAAAGGCGCUUGAUAAACAGCUUGAGUUCCUUUUAGGUCAAACUGAGAGGUACUCAACAAUGUUGGCAGAAAAUCUUGCGGACAAGCCUGUGCAGCAAUGUUCCACACAAGAUCAACUGAGUAUUGAAGGCACAGCUGUGGGCGAAAAUGAUAUUAGCAAAUCAGCAGAAUUGAAUGUCGAACCUCAAUCAGAUACAGCAGACGGUGAUGAUGAUUAUAAUAUGCAAUCUGAUGAUGGAUCAGGAGAUGAUGAAAACACGAUUGAGGAAGAUGAAGCUCUUUUUACUAAAGAAGAAAGACGGGAAGAAUUGGCUGCUUUACAGAAUGAAGUGGAUGUUCCACUCGAGAAGCUACUCAAACAAUAUACUAGAAAGAAAGUUAACAGAGAAAGUAGUCAAGAAAAGGAUGAAGAUUAUGUUGCAGAGAUGACUUCUUCUGGGGAAGAUGAUGGUAUAUCUCCUGAAAAGGGUGAAGAUGACACUGAAAUGACCUCAGUGGGGAAAGAUCAUAGUAUGAGUUCAGAAAAGGGUGAAGAUGGUGCAGAAGUCAUGUCUGUGGGGGAAGAUCAUGAUAUGUGUCAUAAAACGGGUGAAGUUGGCGCAGAAAUGACCUCAUUGAGUGAAGAUCAUGGUGAACAAAACGAUCUUCUUAUAGCCAAUAAGACUGAUAGAAGCAGCCCAGAUGUUUUUACCGGUCGUCGUUGUGUUGGAAGUAAUGGUGUGCCUAUUUCAGAAACCCAUUCAUCCGAAAUUAAGAUUGGUGAAGCCAAAAAUAUUUCAGAAGCAUCUCUGCAGUCUGCCAAAGGAAAUAUGCCAUAUGAUUUUGAUGAUGAACAUGAGGAUGGUGACUUCAUUCUUGCUGCUGGAGAAGAAAAGGAUGAUGAGACAACCUUAUUAGAGGAGGAGGAAUUGGCAAAAGCAGAUACCAAUCAUCCCAUGGAUGAGAUUGCAUUACUGCAGAAGGAGAGUGAAAUACCGUUAGAGGAAUUGCUUGCAAGGUAUAAAAAGGAUUUGAGCGGUGAUGAAGUUGCAGAUGGUGAAUCUGAAUAUGGUUCUGCUUUAUCAGAGGGAUUUACGGAUUCUCCAUCUCUAGAAGAUUCUGAACUGAAGCAACAUGUUUCUAUCAAUGAAGAUGUUGACUCUGGUGAACACCAGCCAGCUCUUGAUUCUCCAACUGAAGAACAUAGGGCUUCAGAAGGAGGAAGUGAUAGUGAGAACAGAAUAGAGGAUGCAGCUGCUGCUGCAAGAUCAGCACAACCAACUGGAAACACCUUCUCCACAACAAAAGUCCGUACAAAGUUCCCCUUUCUUCUGAAGUUCCCUCUUCGUGAGUAUCAGCAUAUUGGUUUGGAUUGGCUUGUAACAAUGUAUGAGAAAAGGCUGAAUGGGAUUCUAGCCGACGAGAUGGGGCUAGGGAAGACAAUCAUGACAAUCGCUUUGCUUGCACACCUAGCCUGUGAAAAGGGCAUAUGGGGCCCUCAUCUUAUUGUGGUCCCAACCAGUGUAAUGCUCAAUUGGGAGACUGAGUUUCUAAAAUGGUGCCCUGCUUUCAAAAUCCUGACUUAUUUUGGAAGUGCAAAAGAGCGCAAAUUGAAGAGGCAAGGCUGGCUGAAACCAAACUCAUUUCAUGUCUGCAUAACAACAUAUAGACUGGUUAUACAAGAUUCAAAAGUCUUCAAGCGUAAGAAAUGGAAAUACUUGAUUUUAGAUGAAGCCCAUCUGAUUAAAAAUUGGAAGUCGCAGAGAUGGCAAACACUUUUGAACUUCAAUUCCAAACGACGCAUUUUGUUAACUGGUACUCCUCUACAGAAUGAUCUCAUGGAACUUUGGUCUCUAAUGCAUUUCUUGAUGCCCCACAUAUUUCAGUCUCAUCAGGAGUUCAAGGAUUGGUUCAGUAAUCCAAUAUCCGGGAUGGUUGAGGGGCAAGAAAAAGUAAAUAAAGAAGUUCUUGAUCGUCUACAUAAUGUCCUCCGCCCAUUCAUUCUCCGCCGUUUGAAACGAGAUGUGGAGAAACAGCUGCCUAUGAAGCAUGAGCAUGUCAUAUACUGUAGACUUUCCAGGAGGCAACGCAACUUGUAUGAAGACUUUAUUGCUAGCUCAGAAACACAAGCAACUCUGGCAAGUACCAAUUUUUUUGGAAUGAUAAGUAUAAUAAUGCAACUUCGUAAAGUGUGCAAUCAUCCUGACUUAUUUGAAGGUCGUCCAAUUGUCAGUUCCUUUGAUAUGAAUGGUAUUUACAUGCAACUGAGUUCUUCAAUAUGUUCAAUGCUUUCGCCUGGACCAUUUUCUGUGGUAGACCUUAAGGGAUUGGGGUUUUUAUUUACUCAUCUAGAUUUUUCGAUGUCUUCUUGGGAGAGUGAUGAAGUUAAAGCUCUUGCUACCCCAUCAAGUUUAAUUAAAGAGCGUGUUACCCGGAUUCAUCUUGAAGAUAUUGGUGGAUUUAAACAUCGUAAACAUCACAAGAAGAUGCAUGGUAUGAAUAUCUUCGAAGACAUCCAGAAGGCACUUAUGGAGGAGAGACUAAGGCAAGCAAAAGAACAUGCUGCAGCCGUUGCAUGGUGGAAUUCCUUGAGGUGUGAUAGAAAACCUAUAUACUCAACGAGCCUGAGGGAUCUUGUUACAGUUAGACAUCCUGUUGUUGAUAUUGCUCAUCACAAGGCUAACCCUGUGUCCUAUAUGUACUCCUCAAAGCUUGCUGAUAUAGUUCUUUCACCAGUAGAACGCUUCCAGAAAACAAUUGACCUGGUUGAAAGCUUCGUGUUUGCAAUUCCAGCUGCACGAGCUGCCCCACCUGUAUGCUGGUGCAGUAAAUCUGAAAGUUCUGUGUUUCUGCAACCAACUUAUAAGCAGAAAUGCUCUGAAGUCUUGUCGCCACUUCUGUCACCAUUUAGACCUGCAAUUGUCCGUAGACAAGUAUAUUUUCCUGAUAGGAGACUAAUACAGUUUGACUGUGGUAAGUUGCAGCAGCUUGCAGUUUUGCUUAGGAAAUUGAAGUCAGAAGGUCACAGAGCUUUGAUAUUCACUCAGAUGACGAAGAUGCUUGACGUCUUGGAGGCUUUCAUCAAUUUAUAUGGUUACACGUACAUGCGUUUAGAUGGAUCCACUCCGCCUGAGGAGAGGCAGACUUUAAUGCAGCGGUUUAACACAAACCCAAAAUUUUUUCUUUUCAUAUUGUCAACUCGUAGUGGAGGUGUUGGUAUUAACCUAGUUGGGGCAGAUACAGUUAUCUUUUAUGAUAGUGACUGGAAUCCUGCUAUGGACCAACAAGCUCAAGAUCGUUGCCACCGGAUUGGACAGACACGAGAAGUUCAUAUUUAUCGAUUGAUCAGUGAGAGCACCAUUGAAGAAAACAUUUUGAAGAAAGCAAAUCAGAAGCGGACUCUUGACAAUCUAGUUAUACAAAGUGGGGACUAUAACACUGAAUUCUUCAAAAAGCUUGAUCCCAUGGAGCUGUUUUCUGGUCAUAGAGCGCUUCCCAUUAAGAACAUGCAAAAGGAGAAAAAUCACAACACAACUGAAGUUUCUCUAUCUAAUGUGGACCUGGAAGCUGCACUAAAGCAUGCAGAAGAUGAAGCAGAUUAUAUGGCAUUAAAGAAAGUUGAGCAGGAAGAAGCUGUGGACAACCAAGAAUUUACUGAAGAAGCCAUUGUGAGAUUGGAAGAUGAUGAAUUAGUGAAUGAGGAUGACAUGAAGGUUGAUGAACCCACAGAUCAGGGGGCUUUGAUGAUGAUGUCUUCAAACAAAGACAGCAGAAUGAUGUUGAAUGGGAGUGAUCCUAAUGAAGAAAGAGCUCUCACUGGUGCUUGUAGGGAAGAUGAUGUGGACAUGAUGGCUGAUGUCAAACAGAUGGCUGCAGCUGCUGCUGCCGCAGGACAAGAGAUUUCAUCCUUUGGAAAUCAGUUACGUCCGAUAGAUCAUUAUGCAAUUCGUUUUCUAGAAUUGUGGGACCCAAUAAUAGACAAGACAGCAGCAGAAUCUCAAGUUAGAUUUGAGGAGAGAGAGUGGGAACUGGACCGCAUAGAAAAGUACAAGGAGGAAAUGGAAGCUGAGAUUGAUGAAGAUGAAGAACCUCUUGUAUAUGAAACAUGGGAUGCUGAAUUUGCAACUGAGGCAUAUCGGCAGCAGGUUGAAGCCUUGACUCAACACCAGUUGAUGGAGGAACUGGAAUAUGAAGCCAAGGAGAAGGAAGAUGAAGCAGAUGAAAAUCUUGAUUCUCUGAGGUAUGGGAUGCCAAGUGAUCCUAAACCUAAGCAUAAGAAGAAAUCGAAGAAAGCAAAAUUUAAAUCUCUGAAGAAACGGUCUCUAGCUUCUGAGCUGGAACCUGUUAAAGGAGAGCUGCAAGUGGAACCUAUGUUCAUAGAUGAAGAUUAUCUCUCUAAUGAUGUGUUUUCCUAUUCGGAUAUUGAAUCACCUCAUUCAAGUGUGCAGAAAAAACGCAAGAAGGCUGAAUCUAAACCAGCUGGUGAAGAUAAGAUUUCAAAGAAGAAGUCUAAGAAACUGAAGAAGUCUCAUCUUGAAAUCAGUACUUCAGAGUUUGAUACUAGUGUCUCCUCAGUGCAGCAUGUUGAAGCAUCAGAGUUAAAACCAUGUGAGAGUGUGGUUGAAUUCGAGCAUAAACCAAUUAGUAGAUCCAAAAUGGGAGGGAAAAUAUCCAUCACUGCCAUGCCUGUAAAGCGAGUUCUAAUGAUAAAACCAGAGAAGCUAAAGAAGGGAAACAUUUGGUCUAGAGAUUGUAUUCCAUCACCGGAUUUUUGGUUAUCACAGGAGGAUGCAAUUUUAUGUGCUGUGGUACAUGAGUAUGGCCCUUAUUGGAGCUUGGUGAGUGAGACGCUUUAUGGUAUGACUGCUGGUGGGUUUUAUAGGGGGAGAUAUCGCCAUCCAAUUCUUUGUUGUGAGAGGUUUAGGGAACUUAUCCAAAGAUAUGUUUUCUCCGCUCCAGACAAUCCUAAUUAUGAAAAGGUCAACAAUAUAGGAUCUGGAAAAGCUCUUUUAAGAGUAACAGAGGAAAAUAUUCGAAUGUUAUUAAAUGUUGCUGCCGAGCAGCCCAAUACAGAAUAUUUGAUUCAGAAACACUUCAUUGCCCUGCUAUCCUCUGUCUGGAAGAUGGCAUCUCACAAAGACGGGAGACAAAAUCUCCCAUCUUCUGGGAAUGGUGUAUAUUUUGGCGGAAAAUUUUUCAGUUCUUCCAACCAAAUUUCUCGGACUUCAGUGAAGGAAAACACAGCAACCAUGAAAUUUACCAAUUUUGGACAGGGUGCCAGGUUGGUAGCAGCUGCACUUAAUGAUGCCAGCAGCAGGCGAGGGGAUGAGUGUGUCAUUUCUCCCAACCCUAGGAAAAAAUCGUCAACCAAUGCUGAACAGUUGGAUAUAACUCUGGACUUUCAGGCACAAAAGGAUGACUCCACAGAUCCAUUUCCAUCUGUUAUCAAUUUAUCAAUAUCUGAUAUAGGCCCUCCAUCAGAAAAUAAGGCAAUGGAACCGUAUCUUCUCAGAGAUUCCUGUAAUGACUAUUGCAAAAGCACCAGUGAUGCAAAUGUGGCUGAGAACCGUUUCAGGAAUGCAACAAGAGCUUGCGAUGAAGAUACUAUGGGGUGGGCUUCAUCGACAUUCCCGACAUAUGAUGUCAGGUCUCGAUCAGUGUCAAAGUUACCUUCCUCAGGAAAGCACAAGCUUGUCUUCUCCGAUCCAGUUAGACCUUCAAAAUCCAAGUUCAGAAAAAAUGCAGUAGAGCAUGGUGAGAUGCGUCACUUUCUGGCUGAGCAUGUAUUCCCACCCUUGCCAAUAGCUGCACCGCUGAAUCCCAGUCCAAGGUUCGACCUGAACCUUCCUGUCAACGAGGAUAUUGAGACUGGUGAUCUGGAAAGCACUUCCCAUUCUCAGGUGGUUGAGUGUUCAUUUGAAGAAAGCUUUGGAGUUCUCCCACAUGAAUAUGUUCCUGAAUUGCUUUCAGGCCUUGAUGACUGUUCAUUAUUGCCAGAAUAUGAUGACAUUGCCUAAGGUAAACUGACGGCCACAACCACAGAAGUUUUGUUCAAGGGUGGUUCUGAUGAAGCACUUGCUAUGGGUUGAGUACUGAUCUAAUUUGGGCUUAUCGACCAUAGCGGCAGAUGCAUUUGGGGGAUUUGAUUCCUGUCGCAUGCUGAAAACUAGUGGGAUGAUCAAUCUGAGCAGUGCUAUGAAGGUUCCAGGAUCAGGGAAAUUCAAAUUGUAUCAUAAAAAUUUUGUAGUCAAUUUUUAGUUUAGGGAUCUGGGUAUUUAUUUAGGGCUUCCAUUGAGACGUCUGUAGUUGUAUGGGCAUAUUUUCUCCAUGAGAAGUAGUGAAUGAAAUUAGUGCACUAGAGUAAUAUGGAAAGAGAUCACUGUCAAGCUUGGGUAUUUGUUAGGGUUGAAUGCAUUUCAAGCUUGGGUGUUU